ACCACACACAGAAAAAUCCUGUUUUCGCUCGUCAGUCAGAAGUCAUCCCACCGACACUGUCCAAGCCAAAAACCCUGCUUGCACGGUCAAUUUCUACUGGCCGCCUCUCCCUCCCUCUCUCGCUCUCUCGCUGGUACAGGCACUGCCGACUUGCUCACAAAUCUCCAACUCUUUUUUCGCGGCUGCCCGCACUUUUUCCCUCAUCGAAACAGCACCCAUCCCGAUCUCUCCUCUGCAACCCUUCAACCUACCACACCACCCACCCUCCUUCUUCCUCCUCUCCUUCCGUCCUCCUCCUACUGCUCCUCGCAUCUAUUCCCUUCUCUCCGUUUCAGCUGGAUUCGCGUAAGCGAUCUCCUGUCUGAAUCAUUAUAUUUGCCGUUCCUAGUCCUAGGAGCGUUGUUUUGUCCGCCCUACGCUUCCCGACGCCGUCGCAGUCCGCACAUCACAACGCCACCUGACGCAGCCCGACUCUUUUAGCGACCACAGGAAUCUUCGGUCGCCUACUCUCCUCUCCUCGUUUUCCUUUCUACGGUGUGGUCGCUGUUCAGUCGAGUCCCCUCAGUUUCAACCUUAGAAACCAUGUCGGAACCCAAUUUAUAACCACGGCGGUCCCUUGGGCCAACCGUACUCACCAACACAGAAGUCCUCGCCGGACUUCGUGUUAAUUUCCCUGCCUGAAGGACCCUGCUACAGUAUUUACGAUAUCCUUCGAGUCCACAUUCUACAUUUCCCCCUUUCCAGCCUAAAUGGCACACCAUCAAAAACAUCACACAGAUGAGCGAAGAGGAAGUUCAGCCGUGCAGAGCUUAUUGAAGAUGUUCAAUCUGUCAACCGCUCCCACCGUCGCUCUCGCCGAUGAGGAGAUCAGUUCUGAAGCGGACGAACCCCCGGAUAAUCGUCUCAGACCUCUCAGAGAACAGCCACAACGGCACACUGUGUACAGCCGAGCCAUGGCACCUUCGAACCCUCGCCGCGAGUCCCUUUUGACUCGCGCUAUUAGGGCCGAGUCCAAGCACGACGAACACUCUCCAACCUCGUCUGCCAGUCGCGGUCUCUCGACGACCUCUUCGCACAGUACCGCGUCUACUGCCGAAUUGACAAGCGAUGCCGACAUCACCAGCCCAUCACGCUCCGCUACUCCGAGCCCACCUCCUCUUCCUGGUCGCUUCGCUCAGCUGCUGAGCGGCAAGAGACCGUCUCCUUCGAAAGUAGUUAUUGCCCCCGUCACCAGGGAUGACAAGCCAAGCGUGGCCGAUCUCGGCGAAGCUGCUGUUGAGAAAACCCUUGGCCGAAAACGGUGUAUUAUGUUCGCUUGUGGGGGGACUGAAUCUGAGAAGAGCAAGGACGACGUGUCGGCGCCAAAAAAGACUGUUGCUGAACCAGAAGUGCCCAAGCGGAAAUGCAUGCUCACCUUUGCGUGCCCAACCCGGACGAGCUCCACCGAGAAGAAUCCCUCGGCAUCGAAAUUACGUGUCGAGCAGAAGUCUCCUCGUCUUCCAUCACCGGCACCUCCGUCAAGGCGCAAAUCGAGUGUGGAAUCUGUUGACCUUACCGGGCGAUCAGCCGAGACCGCGAAGCAGAGUCCUACUGGCCAAAGCAAGCCCAGCCUGCCCUCCCCUCAGCCGACUUUUCAUGAGUUCGGUAGCUCACACGAUGAGACCGACGCUUGGAUUGAUCGGCCUAGCCAACACCAAGAAAAGCUCACGCUCGAUGAUUGCAUGAGGAAGGAAAAUGAAAUCCGCCAAAUUGGCAAAGAAGCUGAAGAGGAGGCAGAAGAGGAGGAACGCGAACAGGAAGAAUUCGAGGAGGAGUUGGAGUUCAAAGAUGCUCAUGUUGACGACUUUGCUCCGUCUGAAGAGGAGUCAGAUGGCGGAAACGAGUCUGACGAUGAGGGCGGGUUUGCCAGUUCUGACGAUGAAAGUGAUGCCGGCUCGGACUACCAGUUCUGGGCACCUUCCAGAACCACCACGCGGGCAACAAGCGUCGAGAAUAUGCACAUGACCCAUUUCAGCUCCCGCCGCCAAUCUGAUGCAAGCUCAAUCGAGUCCGAGGGUCGCGCUGGAAUUCCUGCCAUGCUUUCAAUGAGGAGGCAACUUGAGAAUCGUCGUGGUAAUGCCCACAGAAUCUCCAAGAUGAGACCUGGAACGCCCGAGCUACCAGAUAGCACUGAUUUCGUCUGCGGUACUCUUGACGAAGACCGUCCUCUGGAAGCAGCAUAUAUCUCUUGUCGGGAAUUGAGGAAGCGUGAAAAGCAUAUUCCCAUUCCUCAAGACAUUGACCCCAGCUUCCCCACGACUGACCCCGAAGAAGAGGAAGACGAGGUGGAUGAUGUCGAAGAGUCGCAGCAUAGUUCUGAUGGGCCUCGCUGGCUCACAGAACAAUUUGGAGCCCUCGAGGACCUGCGUGGACGGCCAAAAGCAUUAAUGCCAUCGCCGCAAAAUCACUCUCCACGAAUUCUUCAUCCUGCUCGUCGAGGGUUGCAUCGGUCACCGGCCCCGAAACAUGUCGCACGCUCGCCUCCUCCAAGAAAGCUCUUCGGGCAUUCUCCAACGAGAAUGAGGUCUCCACCUCCGCCAGCUCGAUUAAGGUCGCCACGAGGCUCGCCCACCGGAGUUAAGACUCCUCAAGCCAAUAUGAGGGGUCUUGCUCAACGUCCCAAUAUGGAACGGACCGCAUCUCUCCCUGACACUCCCAAUCCAUUCUUCAAGAAUUUCAAGAUUGGAAGUACAUGCAUCUCCAACAUUGCCUCUGGAGCAGUCACGCCUUCUAUGGAGGAACCUCCACGUGCGGACAUGCAUGUCCGUGGACCUGUCGACAUCGUCAUCGGUCUGGAGAAGAAACGUCAGAAACGAAAGGAGAAAUUUUGGCGCCAACAUUGUCGUAAGGCAGCUAGGGAGCAAGCAGAAAGAAAACCCCUCCGUGGCCGUGGUGCCGAAAGGAUGAGGGAGCUUGGUCUUGAGUGUGCCGAACGCAUGAAGGGUUACGGCAUUGGCCAACAGACGCAGCUGGUGAUUUCGCUGUGAGGUCUUAUGACGACCAAAGCGUGGCCAUCGAGCCGCCUUCUGCACAUAUAUCCAUUUUAUUUGUACGACUUCUACCUGUGGGCGCCAGUUCGGGCCCUUUUUGCACUGUCUUGGUAUGUUCUUAUAUGCCGGGGCAUGAUGACCUUUCACCAGAGACGGACCUUUCGAAGUCCGUCGUUUGCCGUGGCUCGGCAUUAUUCCGUUGAGCAGGCACUCUCUUUUUCAGCAUAGCUGUGGCGUCUUGAUGCAAUUGGCAUUGUAGAUACAUAUGACCAUCAGCAUGGUCCUCGGAUACAGCGCUAGUCUCGAGCAAUCGACUCGAUCGAUGAGCCUGAAUGCACAAAUUGAAAACAACAUCAGAUCUUUUA